AUGCCAAAAAGAAACUCAAGAAGAAACAACAAGGGGAAAGCCUUCACCAGACAAAAUACUGGUAACGAUAAUCCUACAUGGAAAGAAGUUGUCAGGGAAAAUGAAAUAUGGGAAGAGUACUACAAAGCCAUGAAUAUUAUCCCAGAUAACGAAUGGGAUGAUUUCAAAAAGGCAUGCCAAUCGAAUCUUCCGAUGACUUUUAGAAUCACCGGAAGCAGGAAGCAUGCCGAAGAGAUCAGAAACAUCUUUGUUGACAGACAUUACAACAACUUGAAAGGAAAGGAAUAUGAAGGUGUUGAUUUAACUCCCAAAAACAUUGAAUUCUAUCCUGAUAAAUUGGGUUGGCAGAUUGAUGUUAGUAAACAGGUGAUCAAAAAGCAAAAAGAUUUUGCUAAAACGCAGAGAUUUUUAGUAAUCGAGACAGAGGUGGGGAACAUUAGUAGGCAAGAAGCAGUCUCAAUGAUUCCACCUUUGCUCUUGGACGUUAAGCCUGAGCAUUAUGUUUUGGAUAUGUGUGCCGCUCCUGGUUCCAAAACCGCCCAAUUGAUAGAAGCCUUGCAUGCUAAUGACGAGCAACAAUUGCCAACCGGAUUUGUGUUGGCCAAUGAUUCCGACUACAAAAGAAGUCAUAUGUUGGUUCAUCAAGUCAAAAGACUAAACUCCCCCAAUUUUUUGGUCGUCAACCAUGACGCUCAGUUAUUCCCUCGUAUAAGAUUGAACGAACAUAAAGAAUACUUGAAAUUUGAUAGAAUUCUUUGCGAUGUGCCAUGUUCAGGAGAUGGUACAAUGAGAAAAAACAUCAAUAUUUGGAAAGACUUUAGAACGGGUAAUGCCAUUGGUUUACAUCCAUUGCAGUACAACAUUUUGAAUAGAGGAUUACAAUUGUUGAAAAAGGGGGGAAGAUUGGUAUAUUCCACUUGCUCGUUAUCUCCAAUUGAGAACGAAGCUAUAGUUGCAGAAGCUUUAAGGAAGUGGGGGGACAAAAUAAAACUUGUGGAUGUGUCGCACGAGCUUCCAGGGUUGAAAAGACGUCCAGGUAUUUCCAACUGGCCGGUGUUUGGGAAAGAUAUGAAGGUCAAAGAAAAGGGUGAAGAUGGACUCGUUGAUUCGCUAUUUCCUCCAACGAAGGAAGAGGCUGACAGAUUCGGAUUAGAUAAAUGUGUGAGAGUGUAUCCUCAUUUACAAAAUACAGGGGGGUUCUUCAUCACAGUGUUUGAAAAAAAUGACCCAGAUUCUAAUAAAAGACAAGCUGACGAGAGUGAUGUGGAGGUGGAGGUGAAGCAAGACUCAAAAAGACAAAAAACCGAGUCAGAGAGUGGGCAGAUUGUAGAACUGUCGGAUAUAACUACCGAGGAUGCCAACACUACUACUACUACUACUACUUCCACCACCACUACCACCACCACUGCUGCUCCCAGUGAACAACAACCAAAACCACUCGAAAGAAAACUGAGAUUGCCAAGAGAUGCAAAUGAAGAACCAUUUGUGUUCCUUGAUCCUAACAAUGAAGAAUUGAAAAAAUGUUUCCCAUUUUAUGACUUUUCCUCUGCUUUUCCCAGAGACUGCACCCUUGUUCGAAAUGCCACUGGUGAACCAUUGAGAACUGUAUAUUACGUAUCGCCCAUGGUGAAGGAGAUUUUGACUACGGAUGACCAGAAGUUGAAACUAGUCCAUGGUGGUAUCAAGUUAUUUGUCGCACAAAGAAACGACGUUGGAACGUGUCCUUGGAGGGUCCAGACUGAAGCUUUACAUACAAUUGAGCAUUUUAUUGGAACAAAAAGACAUUUGACCUGCAAUUUGGAGCUUUUGAAGUACUUGUUUGUGAACGCGUUCCCUAAAGUGGAAGAGUUGAAACUGUCAGGUUUGGAUGAAGAAUUCUCCAAGAAGUUGGACACCUUGGAAGAGGGUUGUUUAUUCUUGACUGUCAAGCGUGGCGAUGGCUUGGAGGAUUUGUUUUUGCCUCUUUGGAAAGGAAGAGCCAAUGUCAAUUUAAUGGUGAGCAAGAAGGAUACUCAUGAGUUACUCUACCGUGUUUUUGAUAUUGAGACCAGUGCAAAAGAUGAAGGUAAGGAGAGAAUAUAUCAGGAAAAGGUAGAAGCUGAAAAGAAGGCAAGGGCCGAGGCUGCUGCACUGUCUACCGGGCCGGAAAAGGAUGUACAGAAUGCGAUUGAGACAGAAACGCCAGAGACUGAAAAUAAGGAGGAAUCUGAUGAUCAAGAGUAA